AUGUGUGAGAUCCGGUUUCUCACCGCCCUUUUGGCGGUCUUCAUUUUUGAACUCCUGUGCUCACACUCCAAAGGAGUCUCAGAUACUGAACAGUGGCUGUGCCAGCCAGCGCCCAGGUGUGGGGACCAGAUCUACAACCCCGUGGAGCAGUGCUGCCACGACGCGACCGUCCCGCCCUUGAACGAGAGCCGCCUCUGCGGCUCCAGCUGCACUUACUGGCCCUGCUUCCAGCACCUUGAGUCCCUGAGCUCUCGGUGUCAGGCUGUUGUGAGGUUUAAGGUCCGGCGCAUGGAACCCAGCUGCUUGUCUUCCCCCCUCACCAGGAUCUGUGCCCAGAAAUACCUGCCCAGCAAGCCCUCUACCAGACCUGAAUUUACCUGGACUAUCCUGAAGAGCCCAGACACAGGACACUCAAGAUUGUGA